GCCGGUACUACGCGCGACUGCCCCACAAGAAAUACCCUUCGUUCGUCAGCCUUGUGGCUGACCAUUCUGGGCAAAUCAAACCAUAAUUCCCUUCAUAACCACUUUUGUUACUGAAUGUAGUUUCGUUAAACAUGGCGAUGCUAUCGCCAGUGGGACAGGAGCGGUUGUUAUUCUUAGGGCUGGGAAUUACAACUUGUGCUGUUUUGGCCUUUGUGCGUUAUCGCCUUGUUCAUUUUCGUGAAGCUGCCACAAUUCCACCUCCCGAGAAUAAAUCGCACUUCAUCGACCAGAAGACGGAGGAUUCUUUGAAGCUCAGUACAUUGGAGAAGUUGAUUAAGAAUCCGAACUACGGAAUUCAAGAGACUGCGUCGAUCAUUGUCUGCGAACGUGCUCUGCACAAUGAAUACGCCAUUAACAGCCUCCUUUACGAAAUCAGUCAACCGGAAUACAGCAAACGAGCGAUAGCAGUUCGAGCAUUUAUCUUGAUUGUGAACAAUUCAACUGUCAAACGAAUACACAAGCCCGAAACAUAUGAAGCACUGGUCAAAAGCUUGGAAUAUUCUGUCGAGGACUACGUGCACCAUGAAUACGACCCGGAUUGGGAUAACUGGCCCCUUCGCGACACAGCGGAGAAAAGCUGCCUCAUGAUAAUAUACGAAUUGAUUUACAAAUACGGGGUUCAGGAACUUCUAAACGCUGGGUUUAUAGAACGUUGGUUGGUGAAAGAGCCCUGGGGUGUAACCACAGAGGAACGUUCAAUAAAUUUCAUGGACUCACUCAACAAAGAGAAGAGCUUGAAUCGAGUGAUUGUGCCACUAUUUGAUGAUGAAAGGGGCAGGAGAAUGUUAGAGGAAGCGAAACUUUUACCGGCAAGUCCUGAUUCAGCUUCAAGGCAUCUUGGGAUGGAAGGGACUGAGGAUCACGACAUGGAGGAUUUUGAUAGCAAUUUUGCUGAGAGAAGGCCAAGGGAUCAGACUACGGCAGAAGAUUAUCUCAGAAGACGCCAUAGGGAGGCCAUGGUUCUGAACGAUGGUACAAGACCCUUCGAAAGAGGCGAUAUUUACGAAAAUCAACAAAGACCCAGGGAGUCUGUCGAAUGAAAAAUAUAUAUAUAUAUAUAUAUAUUCAUGCAAGAACAAUCCAACGACUUCAGACAAAGUCAAAAAGUCUGCUUUCGCAACCGGCACACCCAAGUAGUCAAUUGCUGAGCCAUAGAAAAUAAAGCGUUCACUAUGGAGCGACAGGAUUAGGAUAACAUGGCACCCGUCGCUUUACCGGCUCACAUUUCGAGCUCCUGGAAUUGGUUUGUCUAGAUUUAAGGUUAGCAAGUGUGAAGUAAUCGGAUAUCUUGACGUUGACAGUAGAAGGGGGAUCAGAUAGACCAUUUGUUAGCUUUAAGUUGCAAGAAAAUCAAAGUUCUAUUUAACCGUUCA